AGUGUAAAAUCGAUUUUCACUUAUAAUCUAUGUCCGUAAUUUACAAUCUCUAGGUUCGUGCAUACUGCAAUGGUCCGAAUCUCAUUAAAGUCACUCCAGAUUGUGUCUUCGUUACACUUAUUUUUCACCAUUUUGUUCUUGUUACUGUUCAUUCAUUGGAAGUCAAGAUGAUGUUUUUUUUUUUUUGACUAAAAUGUCACUUUAGUGUUAACUAAGAUGUUGCCUUUGUAUGUGUGCAGGAAGAUUAUCGAAAUGAGAUCCCUUUCCGAUAAGAAAAAAAGGGUCUCUGCUGUAAGAGAUUUUCCAUAUGGAUGUGGGACUCGUUCUGUUCAGAAUCAGAGAAGCGUGAAUGGUCGUGAGGUUGUUCAAGCCGCACAUGAACCGAGUGGUGUUGCUUACCACCACAGGCCUGCUUGUCCUGUUAAUGAAGCUGAUUCGUUGGAUGAGAUUAUGAAGAAAGCUGGCUUCAAUGUCCCAGCUAGGAGUGUUGUUGACAGAGGAAGAUCUGUUUCGUCUUACAGUAAAUCUUGUGGAAGCAAGGUUAAGCCUUUAAGUUCCGAGGAAGCUUCCAGGCUAAUUGCUUCUCAGAGUAGAAGGAGACAACUUUCACACUCACAUUCACAUUCAUCCACUAUGGAAAAACAGAGAAGCUCACCUGAGAAUGGUAAUGCAACUGCGCUAAGGGCAAAAAGUCAAAGACUUGGUAUCAACCCUGUUACGAGACAAAACCAGAUAACCAAAGCUCUUACCCCACGCGAGAAAGUUCAAAAGGUGUUGCGUAUAUUCAAACUGGUGUUUAAAGCGCUGAACAAAGACAAACCAGGGCGGCAUUACGAAGCACGAGCCAUCCUAAUGAACCAUGAGAUGCAUGUGAACGAUAAGAAGAUGAUAGGACGGGUCCCAGGAAUCGAAAUCGGAGAUAAGUUCCAGUACAAGUCAGAACUCAACUUGAUCGGUCUCCAUUUCUACAUCAGAGGCGGCAUUGACUACAUAACCAGAAAAGGAGGCUUGAAGCUAGCUACGAGCAUCAUUUCGUCGGAAGGGAAUGGCUACACGGAUAGGUUUAACUCCGAUGUGAUGAUUUACUCAGGCCAGGGAGGUAACUUGACGAGCAAGGAUCAGACGGUGGUCAAAGAUCAGAAGCUUGAAACGGGGAACUUGGCUUUGGCUAAUAGCGUGGAGGCAAAGAAUCCGGUGAGAGUGAUACGUGGCGUAAAGGACUCGAGAGGAAAGUGUUAUGUUUAUGAUGGGUUGUACUUGGUUCAGGAGUAUUGGCGAGAGAAGGGACGUGGAGGUAGUGUUGUGUUCAGGUUCAAGCUUUGUAGAGUUCCUGGUCAAGAUUCAACUAACUUGAGAUAUCAUUAGUGUGAGGAGAGAUAGUAUCAGACUGAUUUUUAGAAAAGAAACUUUGCUUGGCAAAAAGCUAUAGCCUAUAGCUAAUCAUAACAUAACAGUAGGUUUGGAAUCUUUUGCUUUCAUGUCAGAUAUGCUUCUGUUACUUUUGCGUUGAUGCUUCUGUGUUCUGUUUAUGUACAAAGUUAUUAAUAAUGCUACCUUACUGCCAAUUCCUUGCUUGGGUUGGUAAGAGCUGAAAGCAGCCUUAAUAAAAGUAGUUCAUUGUGUGAGUCACUCUCAUUUACUGUCUCCAACUACCAUUGAGAAAGUAAAAGAAAAACACUUAUCAAAUUCUGUAUAUUUAAUAGAAUUAAAAAAAAAAAGCUAUCAUCAGAUUCUAUACAGAAAUGUAUUACAAUUUCAAGAUCUUAUGUAUGUGUGUAUUUACACAAAAACAAAAACAAAACCAACUAAAGAUGCUGUGUUUCUCACAUUAGAUGUCAUUAUCCUAAAAUCUACCAACUGCAUGUGUCCGAACGGUUGUUCUCCAUACUACCGACCCUAUUGGGCAUUUUAAGUUGGAUCUUAUGUACCAACCAAAUCAAAUUUAUAACAUAACUUGGGACCAACAAUGAAGUAG